AUGCUUACAAAAAAAGAGCAAGAUUUGACAAAUGCCAUGUUACUUGUUGAAGUAGCAAAAAUAAGGUUGCAAGCGUAUAGGGAUGAAGAAUGGGAUUCUCUUAUUGCUAGGGUGUCUUUGUUUUGUAUCAAGCACGAAAUUUUGGUACCUAACUUUGAGGAGCCAUAUGUUAGCUCUUUAAGAUCACGAAGGAGACUUGGUGACAAUAAAGUCUCUCAUCAUUAUCGUGUUGAGGUAUUUUGCAAUAUUAUUGAUUGGCAACUUCAAGAACUUAAAGAUCGUUUUGGCGAAGCAACGACUGAUUUGCUUCAUGGAAUUUCUUGUUUGAAUCCAAUUGACUCGUUUUCAAGUUUUGACAUCAGGAAAAUAAUGAAAAUGGCUAAAUUAUAUCCUGAUGACUUUAAUGAAUUCAAUAUGGGUUCUCUUGAGAAUCAACUUCCAAGUUACAUUAUUGAUGUUCGUGAUGUUGAUGAAAGGUUUUCCAAUCUAAAUGGGCUUUGUGAUCUUUCGAAAAUUAUCCUCUUGUAUUCCGCUUAG